AUGGGCGUCCUACUCCGCGCCCCAUCUACCGUAUCCCCAGCGCCACCCGUCGAUGGGAAUGUAACGUACUACCUGGAGUGGACGGGGUCGCAGUGGACCCGAGAGGAGCUUGUCCACUCUGUCAGCAUUGCCUACGUGGUCAUCUCGAUUCUGAUGGUCUUUCUGUGGUCGGCGUAUUUGUGCUAUGAUGGAAGAAAAGCCGCCCGAAAGAACACGCACGUCAUCCACAUGCUCGUCGAACGGACCCGAGCUAUGCUGAAUUUUGUG